AUGAUUUUAAGCUUCCUCUGUGUGUUGAUUCUCUUAGCUCUGAUCAAGGCCUUUCACAAACUAUGGUGGAUGCCGACUCGCAUUCAGAAUCUGAUGGUUCUGCAGGGAAUCAAAGGUCCUUCUUACAGAUUUCUCUAUGGGAACGCCAAAGAAAUUAUUAGCAUGCAAAACGAAGCGAUGAGCAGGCCAAUGAAAUUAUCACACGAUAUCUCUUCUCAUGUUCAACCCCAUAUUCAUGCAUGGUCCAAGAGUUAUGGGAGGAAUUUUCUUCAAUGGUAUGGUCCACAACCUGUUUUGGUUGUUACAGAACCUGAAUUGUGCAAAGAGAUCCUCCUUAACAAAGAUGGAGUUUAUCCAAAACCGAAAGCUUCUAAACUCGUGAAGAAACUAGUAGGAGAUAGCAUUUCGGUGACAGAAGGUGAAAAAUGGGAAAAGCUGAGAAAGCUGUCUAACCAUGCCUUCCGUGGAGAGAGAGUAAAAAAUAUGUUUGCAGACAUGAAAGCUAGUGCUGAGACGAUGGUAGAGAGGUGGAAAGGUCAUGAAGGGAAAGAGAUUGAUGUGGUUGAAGAAUUUAGGUUGUACACUUCAGAAGUAAUUUCAAGGACAGCAUUUGGCAGCAGCUACUUAGAAGGCAAGAACCUUUUUGAGAAGUUGUCAAAGUUAAUCGUCAUAAUCUUCCGAAAUCUUUUCAAAAUCAGGUUUCCUGGCAUUAGUAAGGUGUUUAGAACCAGUGAUGACAUUGAAUCAGACAAACUUGACAAAGGAAUACGUGACUCCAUAAUGGAUAUUGUUAAGAAAAGAGAAGAGGAGGCAAUCAUUGGAGAAGAAGACAGCUUUGGGAGUGAUUUUCUAGGAUUGCUUUUGAAGGCUCAUCAUGGUACAAAUGACAAGCAGAGGAUUUCGGUGGAUGAAUUGGUUGAGGAGUGCAGGACGUUUUACUUUGCUGGACAAGAGACCACCAAUACUUUGCUUGCUUGGACUGUUCUUCUUCUGGCACUCCAUCCUGAAUGGCAAGAUGAAGCAAGAAAGGAGGUCCUGCAAUUAUUUGGUAAAGAAAAUCCAACUUAUGAUGGCCUUGCCAAACUCAAAACUGUAAGAACUAUCAUCAAUGAGACUCUAAGGUUAUAUCCUCCUGCUGUUAUGCUUAUAAGGAAAGUUGCAAGGGAAGUUAGACUGGGAAAAAUCAUAGUUCCUGCUGAUAUUGAAUUGCUUGUCCCAACUCUAGCACUUCACCAUGAUCCUCAAUUAUGGGGACAAGAUGCGACACUCUUCAAACCAAAGCGUUUCUCUGAAGGGGUUGCUAAAGCUACUAAUGACAACAUGGCUGCAUUCAUGCCAUUUGGAUUGGGACCUAGAAUAUGUGUAGGCUUCAACUUUGCCACCAUUGAAGCAAAGAUCGCUCUGUCAAUGAUUCUACAACGCUACUCAUUCACCCUUUCCCCGGCUUAUGUCCACUCGCCUUCUCAGUAUCUCACUGUUUGCCCACAGCAUGGAGUUCAAUUAUCUCUACGCUCACUUUGA